UCCAGCCGGCUGGUGUUUCCACGGACGCCCAAGAGGUACCGGUGGCUGAACCUGGGGGUGCUGACUGGUGGGGCCGAAGGGGGUGCCGCCGAGUCCUGUCUCAACUGCUGGACACACUACUCACAAGCCAGCUGCAGGCCUAGGUCCUAGAAGAUGGCAGACAUGCCCAGUGGCGAGUCCUGCACCUCUCCACUGGAGCUGUUCAACAGCAUAGCUACUCAAGGGGAGCUCGUGAGGUCCCUCAAAGCUGGAAAUGCACCAAAAGAUGAGAUUGAUUCUGCAGUAAAGAUGUUGUUAUCAUUAAAAAUGAGCUAUAAGGCUGCCAUGGGGGAGGAGUACAAGGCUGGCUGCCCUCCUGGGAACCCAACAGCUGAGAGAAAUUGUGACUCAGAUGCCACAAAAGCCAGCGAGGAUUUUGUGGAUCCAUGGACAGUGCGGACAAGCAGUGCAAAAGGCAUCGACUAUGACAAGCUCAUUGUUCAGUUUGGAAGCAGCAAAAUUGACAAAGAGCUGAUAAACCGAAUAGAGCGAGCCACUGGCCAAAGACCGCACCGCUUCCUGCGUCGGGGCAUCUUCUUCUCCCACCGAGAUAUGAAUCAAAUUCUGGAUGCCUAUGAAAAUAAGAAGCCAUUUUACCUGUACACGGGCAGGGGCCCCUCCUCCGAAGCAAUGCAUCUGGGUCAUCUCGUCCCAUUUAUUUUCACAAAGUGGCUACAGGAUGUGUUCAAUGUGCCUUUGGUCAUCCAGAUGUCUGAUGACGAGAAGUACCUGUGGAAGGACUUGACUCUGGAGCAGGCAUACAGCUACACAGUGGAAAAUGCAAAGGACAUCAUUGCCUGUGGCUUCGACAUCAACAAAACUUUCAUCUUCUCUGACCUUGAGUAUAUGGGGCAGAGCCCGGGCUUCUACAGGAACGUGGUGAAGAUUCAAAAGCACGUCACCUUCAACCAAGUGAAAGGCAUUUUUGGCUUUACGGACAGUGACUGCAUCGGGAAGAUCAGUUUUCCUGCUGUCCAGGCCGCGCCGUCGUUCAGCAACUCUUUCCCGAAGAUCUUCCGAGACAGGACAGAUAUCCAGUGCCUCAUCCCGUGUGCCAUUGACCAGGAUCCGUACUUCAGAAUGACGAGGGACGUGGCUCCCAGGAUCGGCCAUCCUAAACCUGCCCUGCUGCACUCGACCUUCUUCCCUGCCCUGCAGGGCGCUCAGACCAAGAUGAGUGCCAGUGACCCCAACUCCUCCAUCUUCCUCACUGACACAGCCAAGCAGAUCAAGAGCAAGGUCAACAAGCAUGCAUUUUCUGGAGGAAGAGACACUGUGGAGGAGCACAGGCAGUUUGGGGGCAACUGUGAAGUGGAUGUGUCCUUCAUGUAUCUGACCUUCUUCCUUGAAGAUGACGACAGGCUGGAGCAGAUCAGAAAGGAUUACACCAGCGGAGCCAUGCUCACUGGGGAGCUCAAGAAGACGCUCAUAGACGUCCUUCAGCCCCUGAUCGCAGAGCACCAGGCCCGACGCAAGGCAGUCACCGAGGAGACCGUGAAGGAGUUCAUGACACCCCGGCAGCUGUCCUUCCACUUCCAGUGCUUCUGCUUUGACACUUGACUGACGGGAGGGGCAGGCCAGAGCAGUGUGCUGGCCAUGCCUCAGGCCGGUGACCAUAGCUAGACAGAAAAGAACAGCAGCCGUCCAGGCUGCAGUGUUCUCCCUCUGGGCGGGCUGCAUGGAAUGUGCUACCACUCAGAGUCUUGGAAAAGCAGAAGCCGUAUCUCAGGGAAAGCCCCUGGUUGAAGUGUCUGUCCUCUCUGAAGGCACAGGGCCACUCUGAGUGUUCUGUCCUUGCAUCAUUUUCAGGCAAAAACAAUAAACUUUGUUGUGCUCCUGUC